GUCACCUCGUCGUGUUGGUGACGGUCAGACAGAAGCUACAGAGGAGCUAGCCGGGCUAGCAUGGUCACAUUGCUACCGGGAGAAGGUCGACAGUAGGACAACAGCAUCCUCUCUUAUCGCUCAGUCUUCCUGUCUUUCAGUUACAUGAUAAUAUAUAGCUAACAGACGGAGGCAAACGGUUUUGUAGCAUUCUGUAGCUUUUAGCUAGCUAACCGUUUUUAGCGCGUUAGCUUCAAGUUCCGCUCAGUGUCUGUAAUUCCAUCAGAGCAUCUACCCACAGUCAUGGCUGCGUUGAGAGCGUCCUAUCACAGGAUUUUGGACCGGGUCGAGCAUAUGCUGCCCGCCAAACUGAGACCUAUGUACAACCACCCGGCAGGUCCAAAAACAGUUUUCUUCUGGGCCCCAAUGUUUAAAUGGGGCCUGGUUGCAGCUGGUUUUGCUGAUAUGACUCGACCAGCAGAAAAACUCAGUACCUCCCAGUCUGCAGUGCUGACAGCCACAGGUCUGAUCUGGUCCAGAUACUCAUUGGUCAUCAUCCCGAAGAACUGGAACCUGUUUUGCGUCAACUUCUUCCUAGGCUGUUGCGGAGGCUCUCAACUCUUUAGGAUCUGGAGGUACAACCAGGCUCUGAAGGCUAAAGAGGCUGAACAGUCCUGAGUGCUCUGCUGGUGCCAACGCUCCACUUCUUCCAGUGGAUACAAAGGGAGACUUCACACAGGGCACAAACCUGCCCUCCUUCUCAUCAUCUCUGCAUCAUGUCACGUCGUCUCCAUAACACCCAUGCCAUAACCAUUAAUCUGCCACAUUAAGCCUGUCGUCCCUGUUGGAAACUUUUCCUCCAGUCUCAGAUUUCCUCAGGGUGUCAUAAACAAAACAAAAAAAAGGACAGAGCGUUUUUUUAACUGUAGUCAAUACACCUUCAAGAAUCAUGGUCAUAAACGCACAAGUAUUGCUCGUUCGACAACAUGUAUGAUUGUACUUCCUUUAAUUUAACUUCAUGCUUUACGUCUUGUGCGCUAGUCGGGAAGUUUUUGCUUUUCUUCCAUCAUCGUCAUCAUUCAGGUGUAGCAAUCAGUACCUCAUGCAUUAAUUUCCCAAAAACAAAGGUAACUCUUGGGUUUGUGUUGAAGGUAGUUUAAAGGAAUGUUUAUUUUUUUCCAAAUGAAUCUAAGACAUAUUUCAUCACAUUUAUUGUUUCAUUUACUUAUUUAUAAUUAGGUUACAGUCACAGCAUCUGUACCUCACUGAUUAUUAAAUCAUGAUUGAUUACCAUGUAAUGAUUCCUUCCAUUUUAAUGGCUUUAAUUUGUGUGAGAGCGAAUCCUAAUUUAUAUAAUCACUUGAUUUAAAAUGUCUCUUGUAGUGAAAACUGUAUAGAAAGAUGCUGUUAUUUUCUGAUUCUGUAUCAGUAACACCAAUGCCACAUAUUUAACCUGUGCAGCUGUUUGAUUGUUGCAGUCAGCUGGCAAACUCUGACAUGUUUAUAAUCAAAACAUUGCUGCUAAUGCCUCUUUAUUCUUAGAAAGGUGUUUUAUAUUUUUGCUGUGGAAGAACAGUACUUUCUUUGACAUGUUUCCACUGUAGUUACACAUCUAAUCCCUUGGAUAUUUUAGCAAUAAUUGAUGUUUUCACUUUUAGAUAAUUCUUGAUCUGACUGUUUGAACAAAGGGCAAUAUGAUGGUCUAUGAUGGUUGGUUCACGAUGGCUCUGUGGCUGUGUAAUACUAAUAAACCCUGUUUAACACCUGCAGCUUA